AUGCCUCGGCCCUCCCCCGCCUGGCGGGAGCAGUGGCACGGGCUGCCCCCCCGGCCGCGUAGUGGUACGUCCCAAGCCUUCAUAAACGGCGGCCGGGAGCGUUUACGCCCUUUCCUCCAGCGUGCGCUGUGCGAGGUGGGAUGGGGCUCGCGGGCCGCCGGGUGCGGUUGGACGUUGUGGAAAGCGGGCAGGCGGGAGGUGGAGGCCGGUUUAUCGUUUAGCAGGCUGAGGUGCGGGUCUCCCCCCUCCGCCAGUGGUGGGUUGCGCCGUGCCUCCCCGUCCCCAGGGCGGCUCGGGCCGGGCCCGACCAUCCGAGGCAGCCAUGGGGGGCGGUGUGGCACGCGGGCGGCCGUUGGUGACGUGCGGGGAGUGGGGGGGUGGCCUCGGAGCACGCGGCGCCUGACUCCCCUUGUCCCCACAGGCCGGCCAUGGGGGCGGACACGGGCACCGGGGGCCCCGCCUGCGGGGCCGGGACUGCUGGAACGGCUCCACGCAGAAGGAUAUCCUGAAGUAAAGAGUAAGAGCCUGGUCUUUCCAGCUAAAUGUGACACAAUUAGGACUGGGAGCAGGUCGCUCUUUGGAGAUGGCCAUAAUGUGAAGCUCUUCACAAGUCCCAUGGAAGGCGGUGAGACAGCAAGAGCAGGAAAUUCUUCUGGGUGUUCAUGCUGAAAAUGUCUGAGGAAGAAGGAAUCCAAUAAAACAUGCUGGUGAGGUUGGAGACUAAUGUUUGUAAACACUACAUGUUUUUCUGCACUAAGGUGUUACAUGGUAACAGUUGCAGUUUUGAUUACACAUACAUUAAAAUUCUCUCAAAAAACCCCAA